AUGAUCGUCCACUCAGGUGCGAGCCUUCAUGGCCACGAAUUUUCCACGCCGCCAACAGAACAACCUCCAGCGAGACGCUUUGCCUUUCUAUCUGCUUUGCGACCAUUGUCUGAUGUCGAACCGAUAUCUCGCCACACAACGCCUGCUCCCGACGCCGCCGAUAGUCUGCCAGCUCGUCCCGUUUCCGUCGAGCCUGCCCACAACCCUCGUUCUGCACUUGCGGCUCGACGCCGGACCACAUCUGAUAUUGGACACACUGUUAGAUUUCGCGAGCCAGACUCCGAUGUAGUUGUUCACUCCAACGCUCCUAGCGAGGAUGAAGAGUCGCUCGUUGGUUCCGAGGUGAGCGACCAGACGGAUGCUUCCAUCCGCCUCAAGAAACGGAAGCGCGGACCACGGAAAUCGGCAAAAUAUGCUCUGGCGUUCCCGGCACCUCAGCUGCGUACCAAACAGCGGGCCUUUUUUCAUAUUCGGCCUCGUGUACUGCUGCAGCUUCAGGAGCUGGGAGAGAAGCGUGCAAUUCCAGCGUUUGACGUUGUUCCAUCGAGUCUCAUUGCAGGAACUCUGAUUAUCCCCGCUUUGGCCAAAUUGUACCCGCGAAUGUUCUAUGCGAAGCCUCAUCUCGGACAGAACGAUCUUCUCCUUGUCCGGAGCGAGGACUAUGGUGUUCCACACAGCCAUCAUCAUCAUCCCCAUCUUCACCACCAUCACGAUAACACAGAUAACAACAGCAACAGUAAGAACUUGGACCAUCAGGAUGUUCUCGCCGUCGUGAGCACGACGUCUGAUGACGACACCGUGGAAAUAGUGUUCCAGGACGGUUCGACUUGGACCUCUAGCCGCAUGGCAAAUGGAUCUUACGAGUUCAAUCACGUCAACGAACAGGGAGAAAAUGUCAAGGCUCGGUGGGUCAAGAGAUCCUUGAUGUCACCCAGAGCGAGUUGGGGAUCUGCCAAUACUGCCAACACAGCGCCCUCAUCGCCAACCACCCCUACGGCCCCAGACAGUAGAUGGACUUUUAGCAUCAUAGACCCCUCGACUCGCAGACAUCCUAUCCAGGGUAUACUCAACUCUACAUCUUUGGAAGUUUUUGAUACAUAUAAUACAAUGUCAACAUCAAGCGGCAUUUACCCCCCGACACGAGGUUUUGGAUCCGACAUGAGCGGUAUCUCAGAAGAAGACACAACGAGCAUUACGGAUGAGCGCACGACGCUAGAAGUUACAGAGUACACCAAGACUCUGAUGCUAGCUACAGCAACUUGGGUCAGUCUUCGACAAAGAGGUUGGCCUGCGUCGGCAACACCAAAAAUUCCGCGAGUUGUGUCUCAGCGCGUAAGCUCCGGGCGUUGUCUAUCCCCCUCCAUCGACAUUCCGAGGGGCAUAGAUUCUCAGGUUUCGUCGGCCACUGAGGGCAUGCCGUCUCAGGAUAUCUCCGCUACUGGUCAAACACCUACCACUGGUAGGAUUCAGCGGGCGGUAUCUUCAGGGAGCGAAUUCAUGAGAAGGAGGCGUGAGGCGGUCGCUGCAUCGGCAGCAACCACUUUCGCAGAGAGAGAAGCUGUGGAGAAGCUUGGCGAUCUCGAGGUUUCGGAAGAGGAAACACCAACUUGCCGUGUUCGAAUACGGCGGUUUACACACAAGUUGUUUCACCACUCGAGGAGUCAGAGGGUCUCAUAG